GUCACGUGACGUGAGGGUGGGGGCGGAAAUGGAAACUAUUGUCUUCCUGUCCGUCCUCCCCAUCUUCGUUCGGAAAAAGCCGCACCGACUGGAGCUGGCAGGAGUAAACUCUACUGCCUCAAGUUUCUACCACGGCCUCCUUUUAAUUUUGGGUAAUGUGCUACUGAGGCCCCCACAGUCAGAGUGGCUUCAACAGUCAGGCCCUCAGGAUAGCAAUGGAUCACAGUGGAACAAGUGAAGGGCCUGGGCCAGGCAGAAGACCCCCCAUUCCCUCUGCUGGUACACCCAUGGGUGCCAAGGGGCAAGUAGCACAGAGUGGUCAAAGGCCCAAAGUAAAGAUAACUCCCUUCCACAGCUCACCUAUAGUCAGCAGUGACAGAGCUCUCUGCAGCAAACAACCAGGAGCAGCUUCUGGGAAGCUGCUGGCAUCUCCUGGCAGCCUGUUUCUGGAUACAUCUGGACGUCUGACUGCUCCACCUGUCAGAGAGAGACCCACUGCUGCUGCUGCUGGGAGCUCAGAGCAACAAACUCCCAGUUCAAGCUCAGUACAGGCUACAACAGCAGAAAAAGCACUUGUUGUCAAGCCUGAAAGCAGAAAGGCACCUCCACUUACCACAGAGCUUUGUCACAGCCAGAAAGGCAAAGGCAAAGAGAGGAGAGCUGCCUCCACCCCCGUCAAACCUCAGUCAGCUGUGAAGAGGAAAAAGAGGAAGAUGGGAAUGUACAACCUGGUCCCAAAAAAGAAAACCAAGGCCCUUAAACAGCAGGAGAAGAAAGAGGAGCCAGGAGCCAGUGCGGAGAAGAACCGAGCUGCAGCAGAUGAAAAAGCAGUGAUUCUACCAGAAGCUCUGAAGGUCAGAGAACAGACGGCUAUCAGAAAUGAAUCGCUGAUGGAAGCAGAAUCAGGAGAAGGCAGCCAUGUUGAAUACACAGAGUUGGCUUUGGACUGUCUAGACCUGAAAGCUCAGGAAGAGCUGUUCUCCCCUCCUUUGUCAGGUGUUGCAGUGGAUGCUGAGGUGACAGAAACAGACCUGGCUGAGGAGUUACCUCUAUGCUGUUGUCGUAUGGAGACUCCUCACUGUGGAGGCAGCUUGUCUACAUUGGAUCAGACCUGCAUGGCCAUGGAGAGCACAGAUGGAAUGCUGAGUCGUUGCCAGAGGCGAGUGAUGAAGCAGGAAAUGAUGAGACCCUCUAACACAGUCCAUCUGCUGGUUCUGUGUGAGGACCACCGGGCCGGCAUGGUCAAGCAUCAGUGCUGCCCCGGCUGUGGACUCUUCUGCAGGGCGGGCACCUUCAUGGAGUGCAGGCCAUAUGGCAGCAUCUCCCACCGCUUUCAUCGUGACUGUGCUUCCAUCUUGAAGGAUUGCAGGUUUUGCCCCCACUGUGGAGAGGAUGCCAGUGGGGCGAAGGAAGUCACGGUGCCAAAGACUGAUCAGUCGCCCUCUGUACCCAGAUCGAACCCCAGGCUGUCACUUCCAACUGUGCCCACUGUGGCCACCCUGCCAUCAGGACCAACCACGCCUGCUGUUCCACAGAUACUCAGAGCGAAGAAGACCAGCGAGCCUCAGAGGAACAGAGACGAGAGCCCAAGCAGGUUAAAAGGCGAGGCUGUGUGUGCUGCAGAUAGACAACCUAAAGAGUCAUUGGAGAGCAUCCUGAUGGCACUGGAUGAUGAGAACCUGAAACCAAAGAAAGUGAAAUACCCCACCAGACAGCUGUACAUCUCUUCAAAACAAGGAGACCUCCAGAAGGUCAUUCAUCUCUUAGUUGAUGGGAAGGACCCCAACUUUUUGAUGGAGGGCCAAAGCAAACAAACGCCUCUUCAUGCAGCAGCUGCUGAGGGUCACCAGGAGAUCUGCCAUAUGCUGGUACAGGCCGGAGCCAACCUGGACAUGUUUGAUGAGGAGCAGAGAACACCACUGAUGGUGGCCUGUGAAAACAACCGUCUGGACACAGUGAAGUACCUGCUCAGAGCUGGAGCAGCCAUUGGCCACAAGGAUAUCAUGGGUUUCACCUGUCUUCAUCUGGCAGCUAAACUGGGACAUUAUGAUAUCGUCCAUCAUCUGCUCUCUAAGGCUUCCAAAUACAUCAACUGUCAGGAUGAUGGGGGAUGGACUCCUAUCACCUGGGCCAUUGAGUAUAAACACAAGGAGCUGGUCCACCUGCUGUUGGCCAGAGGGGCCGAUGUUAACAUCAGAGACAAGGAAGAGAAUGUUGCGCUGCACUGGGCAGCUCUGUCCGGUUGUGAUGACGUCGGGCAGGCUCUGUUGGAGGCUCAGUGUGACCUCAACGCGCUCAACAUUCAUGGUGACUCUCCACUUCAUGUCGCUGCCAGAGAAAACCACCUGGAGUGUGUGAUGUUGUUUCUGUCUCGUGGAGCUGACGUAACUCACAGGAAUAAGGAUGGAGAGACAGCUUUGGAUUGCUGCAUCUACGGCUCCAAUAUGUGGACGGCCCUCAACACCAACAAGAAGCUAACUGAUGCCAGGAGAGGACGGGAUUGUGGUGGAGAAAGAGUCCUCAGCAGGGACAUUUCUCGUGGAUAUGAGGCAGUUCCCAUCACCUGUGCUAAUGGUGUCGACAGUGAGGCCUGCCCCGAAAACUUUACAUACAUACCAGACAACUGUGUCACCUCCCCUCUGGACAUAGACAAGGACAUCACUCAUUUACAGCACUGCAGCUGUACAGACGACUGCUCAUCCAGUACCUGCAUGUGUGGUCAGCUCAGUCUGCGAUGUUGGUAUGACAGUGAGGGUCGAUUACCACCGGAUUUCUGUCAGCGGGAGCCCCCCGUGCUGUUUGAGUGUAACCAUGCCUGCUCCUGCUGGAGGACCUGCAGGAACCGAGUGGUCCAGAAUGGACUGAAAGCCCGGCUGCAGCUCUUCAGGACACAGAAAAUGGGCUGGGGAGUGAAGGCCAUGCAGGAUAUCCCUCAAGGAACAUUCAUUUGCGAGUAUGUCGGAGAGAUCAUCACUGACGCAGAGGCUGACAAAAGAGAGAAUGACUCUUUCCUCUUCACCCUUGACAAUAAGGUGGGUGAUGUACACUGUAUUGAUGCAAGACUUUUCGGCAACAUUGGCCGCUUCAUCAACCAUCUGUGUGAGCCCAACCUGCUGGCUGUAAGGGUCUUCACUAUGCACCAGGAUCUACGCUUUCCUAGAAUAGCCUUCUUCUCUAGUAAAUCCAUAAAAGCUGGAGACCAGAUAGGGUUUGACUAUGGUGAUCACUACUGGAGGGUGAAGAGCAAAUACUUCAGCUGCCAGUGUGGUUCUCUCAAGUGUCGCCACUCAGCUUCUAGCAGACUCACUGAUGACCACUGAUCUCUCUUUCGGCCUGGACACAUUCUUACGCUGUGUCCUCCUUAAUGUCAGAAACAAUGCCUUCUCAACCAGACACCACGUAAGAGUGACGCUUUGAUUAUGUAAACACCAGUGUUUUGUCUUAUGGAUUUUACAGCAUUCAUUUGAAUUCCCGGUUUUAAACCAGUAAAUGAAAGAUAAAUAUUGUUAAAAUCUGUCAUCUGAGAGCACAUAUGUAACAUAUUUAUACACCUGUUAAGGAAAAGCUUCUGUGUGAAGAAAACUGCAGCUUGCCACCAGCCAGAAAUUCUGUAUGUGAGAGAGGGUCUAACUAUUUUUAAAGAGCCAACAAGUUAAAAAUUCCUCACGGUUGAUUUUAACAUUCACAGACUCUUCCUUUAAUAUUGCAAAGUGUUAUAUUUGUGAAUUAAUGAAAUGAAGUAAUGUUUUUAGUAGUCUGAUCUCUUCUAUGAACUUUUUAUUACAUGUCU